AUGGACUUCCUCCAGUUCCUCUCGGCCCUGUUCGGCUGGGUCUAUACGAUCUGCUGGUCACUGUCGUUCUAUCCACAAGCAAUCCUGAACUUCCGGAAGAAGUCGACGGCCGGAACCACGGUGGACUUUCCUUUCGUCAACGUGCUAGGCUUUGUCGCCUACCUUGUAUACACCUCGGCGUUUUACUGGUCGCCCGUCAUCCGACAUCAGUAUGCCCUCCGUAACGACAACCAUACCCCGACCGUCGCGUUCAACGAUAUCGCCUUUGCCGCGCACGCCGUGGUUCUGACGGCGAUACUGAAUACUCAAUACUUCAUACCCUCACUAUGGGGCGUCGACCGGGCGACAGGCAGGAAGCCGUCGCGGCUGAUGACGGGCGUGGCUAGCGGCUGCAUGCUCGGCGUAGCCAUCAUCGUCUUCAUCGUGGCCUCGGUGCCAGCCGACGCCGAUCCGAAGACCGCCUGGGCGUGGCUGGACGUCGUAUACGCGAUAUCCUUCGUGAAGCUGGUCGUGACCGUCGUCAAGUACGCACCGCAGCUGCUGUUCAACAUCCGGAACCGUAGCACCAAGGGAUGGAGCAUCUCGCAGAUCCUGCUCGACUUUACCGGAGGCGUGUUGAGCAUCGCCCAGCUGGGGAUAGACUCCUACCUGCAGGGCGGAGGCUGGUCCGGCGUGAUGGGCAACCCGGUCAAGUUCGUGCUGGGGAACGUGAGCAUGAUCUACGACUUGAUCUUCAUGACACAGCAUUAUAUCCUCUACCGAGACAAUGGCUCGGCUAAGAGCGGAGAGAGGGAGGCGCUUCUUGAGAGGGGUGAGGAUGAUAGGAGGUUGGAUUAG